GGUUUGCACCUUGCCCUAAUGUCUAUUAUUCACCCAAUCUUACAUCACAAAAUCGCGGAAUUGAAAAUCAUCUACGAUUUCCUGUUAAUUACUCUGGUAAAAUGAGCGAUCGUGGUGCUGAAAGGAGAGUUACCAUACGAAACAACCAUGGUGAGAAUCUCUUGGGGAUCUUGCACAAUUCAGCUUCAGUUUCGCUUGUUAUCGUGUGUCAUGGCUUCCAAUCUUCCAAGGAAAGGAUUCCCAUGGUGAAUCUUGCUGAUGCUCUGCAAAAAGAUGGAAUCAGUGCUUUCCGCUUUGACUUUGCUGGAAAUGGGGAAAGUGAAGGUUCAUUUCAAUAUGGUAACUACUACAAAGAGGUUGAAGAUCUGCGAGCUGUAGUUCAACACUUCCGUGAGCAGAAAUAUGUAAUUACAGCAAUUAUUGGUCAUAGUAAAGGGGGUAAUGUAGCUCUCUUUUAUGCCUCAAAAUAUAAGGAUAUUCAUAUUGUUGUCAAUAUAUCUGGUCGUUUCAAUCUAGUGAGAGGCAUGGAAGGUCGUUUGGGCAAAAGAUUUAUGCAAAAGAUCAAGCAAGAUGGAUAUAUAGAUGUAAAAAAUAAAAGAGGGAAGAUUAUGUAUCGUGUUACUGAAGAAAGUUUAAUGGACCGCCUUUCUACUAUAACCCAUCUUGACUGCCUAUUGAUUCCCCAAGAUUGCAGGGUGUUGACAAUUCAUGGAUCCAUGGAUGAAACUGUACCUGCAGAAGAUGCUUUAGACUUCGAUAAAUUCAUAUCUAAUCAUGAAUUGUGCAUCAUAGAAGGAGCUGAUCAUGAGUUUUCUUCUCAACAAGAUAAGUUGAGCAGCUUAGUUUUGGAAUUCAUCAAGACUCAUGCAGAUAAAGACAAAGAUACAUCAAAGCAGGCAAAGAUUCAUUCUCGGUUAUAGUUCUUGCAAAAUAUGGAGAUCCAGUAUUUCUCUUCAAACCAUUUUUCUUGCAAACGAAGACACAUUCUUGAUAAAUAGAAGAACAAGAAAGAUGGGCAAACCUCGUCCCAUUUCUAACAUCCAACCCUUGCCUACCUGACAGUCAAUAAUUAGCAUUUGUCAGAGUUAUAGAAGAUUGACAAAUGCAACACAAGUUUCUCACUUUUGGAACUCAAUAACAUCAUUAUAGGCACAUGCCAGGUUACAUGUUGUCAAUGUAAGCUGUUCUCUUAUCACUGAUGUUAGAAGUUUAUGCUCUUACAAUUACUAUAGGUGAGUGGUGAAAUGAAUAAUUUGACAUACAAGCAAGAACCUGACUCAUCUGGUGGGUUACAAGAAGCACUGCUAAUUGAAUUACAGGGCAUCUAUCCAAACAAAAUUGCUCUUCGAGCUUGACUACUACGUUUGUAAUUACAGAUUACAGACUACAUACUGCCUGGUACAGAUUUACUUGUGGUCAUAACAUUGCAAAAUUCAUGUAUGUCAACUACAUACACUUUUAGGAUAAACCAUGAACACAACCCAAUACCAUAUUUCAGAAAAGACUGUAAAAGUGCAACUAUGGUACAAGUUUUAACUUGCUUGUGGCAUGUUUCUUCAGCCUUCAAAAUGUAUGUUUUGUUUGGAUGAGAAUAAAAUAAGCAAGGAAAUGUGAUGGAAGCUCAUUCCCAAUGUUAC